UGAAAGUGGAGGACUGGUGUGUGUCUGGAGGAAUCUGUCGGUAACAUUUUUUUGUAGCGGGUGAUUAGAGGUUUAGAAAAUGGACACGUUAAACAAACUGAAGCAGUUUGACGCUUAUCCUAAAACUCUGGAGGAUUUCCGAGUGAAGACGUGGGGAGGAGCGACCGUGACUAUAAUCAGUGGUGUCAUCAUGCUAAUCCUGUUUGUCUCUGAGUUGCAAUACUAUCUGACUAAAGAGGUCCAUCCUGAGCUGUAUGUCGACACGUCACGGGGAGACAAACUCAAAAUCAACAUCGAUAUUAUUUUCCCUCACAUGCCGUGUGCCUAUCUUAGUAUAGAUGCAAUGGACGUGGCUGGUGAGCAGCAGCUGGACGUUGAACACAAUCUGUUCAAACAGCGGCUGGAUAAAGAGCUCAAACCUGUCACCCAGGAGGCAGAAAAGCACGAGCUUGGUAAGGCUGAUGAUGGCGAAGUGUUUGAUCCCAGCACGCUGGACCCAGACAGAUGCGAGAGCUGCUACGGAGCUGAAACUGAAGAUCUCAAAUGCUGCAACACCUGUGAUGAUGUGCGGGAAGCGUAUCGGCGGCGAGGCUGGGCGUUCAAGAGUGCAGACACCAUCGAGCAGUGUAAAAGAGAGGGUUUCACUCAGAAGAUGCAGGAGCAGAAGAAUGAAGGCUGUCAGGUUUACGGCUUCCUGGAAGUCAACAAGGUGGCAGGAAAUUUCCACUUCGCUCCAGGAAAAAGUUUCCAGCAGUCUCAUGUCCACGUGCACGCUGUGGAAAUACACGACCUGCAGAGUUUUGGCUUGGACAAUAUAAACAUGACCCAUCUGAUAAAACACCUGUCGUUUGGUAAAGAUUACCCCGGUCUUGUUAACCCCCUGGAUGGGACCGAUGUCACAGCACCACAGGCGUCAAUGAUGUACCAGUAUUUUGUGAAAAUUGUUCCUACCAUCUACAUGAAAACUGAUGGCGAGGUGGUAAAAACAAACCAGUUCUCAGUCACCAGGCACGAGAAAGUGGCCAACGGGCUAAUAGGAGACCAGGGGCUGCCAGGCGUCUUUGUUUUAUAUGAGCUGUCACCCAUGAUGGUUAAAUUCACAGAGAAACACAGAUCCUUUACGCACUUCCUAACAGGAGUUUGUGCCAUUAUUGGAGGAGUAUUUACAGUGGCCGGUCUGAUCGACUCGCUCAUCUACCAUUCAGCUCGUGCCAUCCAGAAGAAGAUAGAGCUGGGGAAGACAUCCUAACAGCGCUCCCCAGUGGCCUCCACGGUGCAACACAGACCAAGACACUGACAGAGCCAGAAGGACAGAGAGAAGAAGGGCAGAAAGGUGGAGGGAGAAGUUUGAAAGCGGGAGCACAGCUCUCCAUCUCUCUGUCUUCUCUUAGGUCGAGGGAGAGAAAUGCAGAGAGAGACAGAGGUUUUAAAUCGUCCAGGUUUUAAAUUUCUCUGCCUCUUUUUUUGUUCAUGAAAAAGUCUGGAGAGGAACUUGUGCGUUUUUGAAUUUUCCUCUCCACACAGGACAGAGACAGAAUCAGAGAUUGAUUUUUCUGUGAUUGAUUACAAGCACAGCAGCAGAUGCACACCCAGCCUCCGGGGGGGGAAAGGACCUGCGCACCGGUCCACUGUCAGAUCACAACACCGAAUGAUUGUUGAGGAGCGUGGUUGAGCCCCGUGUCUAGAGGAAUGAGAAAUUCAGGCCAUCUAUCACUUAUUCACCUCAUAUAACCUGGACUCACUGAUGAAAUUUCACACAAAUUGAAGCCCCAGUAGGCCUUAAAAGUCACAAUCAUGUAAAAUAUGUUUGUCUUAUUUUAUCUUUCUUACUCUCAGCAAGUUCCACAAAAGAGCUAAACCAACCCUGCUCUAUUGCUGCCAACUGGCUGUUUUGAAUAACAGUUGUAAAUCAAAUUAAUGAAGCUAACUAACCGGCUAUUUUAAGAAAUAACUGGGAAGCUGUUGUUUUUUAGUAUUAUGUAUUUAGAUAGUCAGAUAGUUUGUUGGUUUUGGUCUUUUCAAAAGGGAUUUAUUGACAAGAAAAAUAUUAAAUUUAGCCUGACUUGCAAAUUCUCAUCCCUUUAUGUCUUUCUGUACAACUGAGAAGUUGAAUUUAGUGUUUAAAUAUUGCUAAAAUGUAAUUAACCCCCCUGUCCCUCCAAAAAAAAGACUUACGUUAACACCUAGUUGAAUCCUGAGAUGCACUUUCCCAGUAUAUUAGUUUCAGUGUUGAAUAUUUAAAGGUUCAAAUACAACGCAUAAACAAACUUCCGGUAAAAAGAUGAAAAAUGUCAUUUUCACCAAUUUAUUCUGGCGAUGUGGCCUGCAGGUCUUCAUCAGAGCUCUGAUAAAUACCCUGACCAUGUUAUAAACCAAGCAGGACCUGAGUGAAGUAAAACACAGGCGUGCUAAAUAGAUGACAGAAAUGUUUCAGUGUUGUGUAAAUGAAAGCUGUGUAGCCCAGCCCUCAAUCUGUGUGUAGCUGGGAAAAAAUGAAAUGAUAAAAUCAGAGCACUGCAAAUAUUCCCACGUAAUUAAAGCCGCUAUGUAAAGACGUCUGAUUAUUCAGUCAAACCGCUUUUUUGAGUAGACUUAAAAUAGCCUCAUGUCGGUGUCCUCCAUCAUUAUUGCACCAUCAGAGGCAGCUGUCUCAGAUAAUCACCCCUCUUUGAACACAGCAUUUGAACUAUUUGAAUUGCUGAACAAUAAAUAAAUAAAUUCAAAGACGUGAUUAAAAUUUUUGCUUUCUUGCUAACAGUUAUAACUUUUAUUGCCUCAAAACUAUUACUGGAAGUUGAAGGAGUCAUUAAUUUAAGAAUUCUACAUAUGGUGGCUAAAAAACAGAUGUUAGGACUGAGUCUCUGCCCACCCGACACCCGAGGAGGGAAAACUAAUGGGGAUUGAAUAAAACUCCCUCGGAUUUACUGCUGGAAUAUUAGUUAAAUUGCACCGUUUCCAUCUGUCUGACUUUCAUCAGGUUUACACACAUAGGCACAUCAUGUGAGUCUGAGGAUUACUGGUCUGAGGUUAGUGUAAGAACUUGACUCUAUCACAUAUCAUCGGGUUGGAAAGAAAAUACAAAGAUGAAUCACAAUAGCUCACUGUGGUGGUGUGUGUGGUUCUAAUGACACAUCUUCCAGACUGCACUCUACGUAUCCUCCUCUCCUCAGCAUCCCCUUGACUUUAGUCAUUCAAUUAUUUUCUCCCCUAAACCUGAACAGUGAGAUUUGGUCACAUGACAUUUUAUAGUGACUGUCUACAGAAAAUUGUUGUAAUUCAUUUAUGGUUAUAGAGGAAGUUGCCUCCCUAGAGACCAAAGUGACCCCUGACUCUUCCCAUAAUGUGAAUUGGAAAUGAAAUCUUUCCCAUGAUUUUACCAUCAUUUUUUUUUUGUAUUCAGGAUAUGUGCAAAUACACUGAUCACUGCCUCAGGAGAGGGGCUGAAUCCAACAAUUCAACACUUUGAAUACAAAAAAGAUAUUCUUGAAUUAGAAUACUGAGGGAAGCGGUUGAUUUGUUGAGGUUUGUCUAUUUCUUUCAUACGGCGGGGUAGCUAAAUAUAAAUCUGCCCGCUUAGACUGCGGUUAAAUUAUUGUUUGUUUUUUUUUGUGAAAUGCGGAUGUUAAAAAUUUGGUGCAGCCAGUAGCUUCAGAUGACGAUAUUCCUCCUCAUCCCCGUGACCCGAGUGUUAUUCUCAUCCAAAAGCUUCAGUCAGUAAAUGAGAGGGGUCAACAGGCAGCUUCAAACCACAAGAAGAGAGCGUGUAAAUGUCUGACUGUGUUCCUGACUCACAUGUUGAGUCACCAUGUGGUGUCCAGAUGUUUCUGCCAGUUUGAACUUCGCCCCUGUUGUUUAUUCUGAAGAUCGUCAGACUGAACCGAAAUCUGGGUUUGAAAUUGUUGGUUUGGAAACGAUCUUUUCUCAGAGAACCUCGAUGGUGUUUUACAUCAUUAAAGUGUCAGGCUCGGCUUACAUCAAUGAUGAACAAUUUCAAGAGCAUGCUGUGAGCUUUUUUGAGCCUUGAGUUGAAUUGAGGUUCAUAUUUUUGGGGGAAGAUCAACUUUCAGUCCUAAGUGUUGGGUAUCUUUAGCUUUAGCUUCUGCAGCUUGGAACUGGGAAUCAGAAGCUGUCCCUCCUGCUGUGUUCAAGGAGAGCUGGAAACCCUCAAAGUCUCACUGAACCUCAAAACUAAAAGUUCCGUUUUCUGUCAACGCAGUGUUGGCUAAAAAAGUCCUUUGCAAAGUCAUUACCAGAUUUCCUCCCAGUAUUGAUGUUUGUUUAUGCAAAUGACUUCUUCACAGUUCUUACUUGAUCAAAUCUUAUCAAACUGUUCGAGUUUAAGCUUGUUCUCAAAUAUGGUUCAAGUUAUACCCACCUUCUGUUUUAACUGUUCCAUGUAUUGAGUCAUGAUGGUCUUAGGAGGACGGCAAAACAUGGUGUGAAUCUGUGACUGAAGCUCAUGUCAGUGCGGUGGGUCCUGCUUGUUAUGACUGUAUACUCUAAGGAUCUCUCUAUGUGUAAAAGCUUCUGAAAUCCGGUUGAUUUUGAAAGAUCCCGGUUGUUCUCAGUUGUUGAUGGUUGUUUUGUUGCACCUUUUAACAUCAUAAUCAGGGGCAGGGGUCGUGUGUGUGUGUGUGUUUGUGUGUGUAUGUGUGAGAGAGGGAGAGUGACAGAGAGAAAUGUAUUUAUAUUUUGAUUGUCCUCAAACAGUUUUUAAAAUGACAGACAAUAAAUGUUGAAUACACCAGC